AUGCCCAACGGCAUCACGGCCAUCAGUGCUGCGACGGAGCCUGGCGCCGUUGUCAGCCUGCUGGGGGUCAUAGUCAGCAUGAAAGAAGCACGCAGAUCAAGAGGCACCGACUGGACGUCAUGGGAGGCCCAGUCCAGCAUCACCAUCCGCAUCUUCAGACCAACAGUCGAAAAACUACCAAAAAUCACGGGCACCGGCGACGUUGCGCUUCUACGCGGCUUCAAGUUGAACUCAUGGAACGGCCAUGUCGAUGCAGUCUGGAAUAGACAAGCCUCUUCAUACUUCAUCUUCCCGUCUGCCACCAUACCCAGACUGGAGCUUAGCCAGCCAUACCAGGCCGGCACGUUGAGUCUGCCAUAUUCAGAUUCUGGGACCUUUGGCGCUAAAAGCCCCUCCCCGCACGAGCAGAUGACCGUCAUACAGCUGAAACAUCAGGCCUCAGGAUCUGCACAGCAAGUCAAGCAAUUCGCAGUGAAGAGCACUCUCAAACCCACUGCCGAAGACAGGCUAUCACUCGUGAAAGAUCUAGAAUUUGGCAAGUUCAAGGACGUCCGGGCGCAGGUUGUCAACAUUUACUACACCAACUCUGAGACUGUGGAAUUGAAAGUGACAGACUACACCGAGAACAAGGAUCUCUAUCUAUACGUAGAUCCUGAUGACGAAGACUACCGUUUUCAAAAGCAGGAUUGGAAAGGGCCGUACGGACAAUAUACUCUCAACGUCAUUUUGUACGGUAAUAAUGCGGUCUUUGCGCGUGAGCACUUGGCAGUUGGCGACUAUGUUUUCCUCAAAAACCUGCGGACGAAAAUGUCGCCGGCCAACAAAUUGGAGGGUGCGCUGCAUGAGGACAGGAUACGCCCAGAACAGGUUGACAUACGCAAGCUUAUCAGCCCAUUAGACAUUGCAGAGAUCAAGCAACGCAGGGACGCAUAUGAGAAGACCCGUACAAAGAAAACGGCUUUUGAACAACUACAGAAUGAGCCUACGAACCCUUCAGGCAAAGCACCUAUCAACAAGAAAGCGGCGAAGAGAGCUAAGCAGCGUCAACAGAAGGAACAAGAGCAGAAGGAAUUGGCAGAAAAGGCCGAAGAAUGGGAGGCGCAACGCAGCGGCGUCAAUGUGAAUAGUCAGUACCUUGGUCGUUCUUUUGAACUCACACUGAUUGAUACAGUCCGAGCUGCCUUUCCAGAAGCGCAGCUCUCGACAAUAUCCGAAAUCAUUCACAACCCUCAUCUCCACUCGCAGACGCCCAAAUACAAUGACUUCGAAUUCCCAUUCCUUAACAGUAGACAUCGAAGUCGCGUACGAGUUGUCGAUUUCUUCCCGCCAGAGCUUGAGAUGUUCGCGCAUUGCACAAGCAACCCUGCCUGGGACAAGCGAGCCAGAAAUCAAGACCCCAGUAGCAGGAGCAAGUGGGAAUGGGGUUUCGUCUUGCUUCUCGAGGACGCCAAGAUACCCCCGAACACGGUCUCAGAAAAGCUGCGCGUUGUUGUGGGGAAUGAUUCUGCCCAGUACCUGCUAAAUAUGAACGCCCAAGACCUCAAAAGUAACAAGCAGCUACGCAACAAGCUCGAAGAGAAGCUUUUCAUCCUUUGGGGUAAUCUACUCGAACUGAAGACAGAGCUGAGAGAUCGAGGAAGUGACAUGCCAUUACCUCCUGGCGAUAACAGGCUCCAAAACAAGUCGUUCGAUGCCUGCAUCGAGGAGUAUGGCCUGGAAGUGCGAGUCACGGAAAAAAACCCGUCCGGGUAUCAGCGCAUGCACAAACUUGCGCAGACAAAGAUCAUGGGCGAGAUCUAG